CUCGCAUCAUCUUUUGUAAAUGAGAUUUGCUUCUUCAAAGCCUAUUAAUGAAUACCCUGUUCAUGGCCUUAUGCCAAAACAGGAUACUCAAGCAGCUAAUUUUAUAAAAAAGUUUCCAAAUUACGAUGGUAGAGGAACAGUAAUUGCUAUUCUCGAUACAGGCGUUGAUCCUGGAGCAGCAGGCAUGCAGAUAACUACUGAUGGGAAACCUAAAAUUAUUGAUAUUGUCGACUGUACUGGUGGAGGUGAUGUUGAAACUACCAAGAUUGUAAAGCCUACUAUUGAAAACGGCAAUAAAAUUAUUGAAGGUUUAAGUGGACGCAAAUUGAUAUUAGGUGAUUGGGAAAAUCCUAGUGAUGAAUAUCGUGUAGGUCUUAAACGCGCUUAUGAAUUAUUCCCUUCUGAUUUAAAAAACAGAAUUAAAGCUGAGCGUCGCGAAAAUUUUAUUAAGAAGCAAUCUCAACUCCUUUGUGAGGCACAAGCUAAACUUGCAGAGUUUUUAAAAGAUAAUAGUCAGCCUAAUGAGGCAGAAAAAGCUGACUUAAAGGCUCGUAUUGAAAUGUUAAAGGAUAUGAAUACAAACUAUGAAGAUCCUGGUAUUCUUCUUGAUUAUUGGAGAGCUGUCAUUGAUGUAAACGAAUCUGGAGAUUUAAGAGACCAACCAUGCUUAACGGAUUAUCGUAAAGAGUUGAAGUAUCAUACAUUUGGAAAAGCUGAUUUACUUAAUUUUUCUGUUAAUAUUUAUGACAAUGGCAAUAUCCUUAGCAUUGUUACUUUAUCAGGCAGUCACGGUACACAUGUCGCUGGUAUCACGGCUGGCAAUUUCCCCGAAGAACCGGAAUUAAAUGGUGUUGCGCCUGGUGCCCAACUCAUUUCUCUUCGCAUUGGUGAUUCACGACUUGGCUCUAUGGAGACUGGUCCUGGCUUAACACGUGCUGCAGCUCAUCUUGCUAUGCAUAAGGUAGAUCUUGCCAAUAUGUCUUAUGGUGAAUCGAGUAGUUUACCUAAUAGUGGUCAUUUUAUCAAAUUAUUGGCUGAAGAGGCUGUUGGUAAAUCUGGCUGCAUUUUUGUGACAAGUGCUGGCAAUGAUGGUCCCUGUUUUAGUUCUAUUGGUGCUCCAGCAGGUAUGGAUGAACGUUUUAUAACUGUAGGCGCCUAUGUGAAGCAUGCACAAAUGCAAGCUGAAUAUGCUCUCCUUGAAUCAGUAGCUGAACGCCCUUAUACUUGGUCAUCUCGUGGUCCUACUACUGAUGGCUAUCAUGGUAUCGAUGUGUAUGCUCCUGGUAGUGCAAUUACUAGUGUCCCUGUAUAUGUUUUAAACAAACUCGACUUGAAGAAUGGUACAAGUAUGUCCAGUCCUAAUGCUUGCGGUUGUGUUGCAUUACUUGUUUCAGCUCUUAAGGCUGAGAAGCAAAACUAUACACCUUUUAGAUUGAAGAAUGCUAUUGUUCAAACAAGUAAAUCAGUUGAUGAUCCUCUUAAUGUCGGAUUUAUUCAAGUGGAAAAAGCUUGGGAAUACCUUGAGAGCUAUAAGGAUGACGAUAACCUGGAUUUGUUCUUUAAGGUUACUGUUCAAAAGCGAGGUAAUCAACGUGGUAUUUACCUUCGUGAGCUUGAUGAUGUAAGCAAAGUUCAAUACAUUACAACUAAAGUUCAACCUGUAUUUAUGGGCGAGCAAGAUCCUGAGAACCCCAAGUAUAAUGAAGCUAAAUUUAAUUAUGAUGUUCGUGUUGCAUUGGUUACUACUGAGUCUUGGAUUAGUGCACCAGAUUAUUUGUACCUUCAUUCAAGUGGCAACGCUUUCCAAAUCAAAGUAGAUCCUACUUCUCUUCCAGAAAGUAAGCUUCAUUAUGGCGAAGUGCUUGGUUAUGAUACCUCUGCUCCUGAACGAGGCCCCUUGUUCCAUGUCCCUAUCUCUGUUGUUAAGCCUACAGUUCCUUCACAGGGCUUUAUUCAAUAUAAGAAUGUUGAAUACGGACCAGGUGAUAUUAUUAGACGAUUCGUUCAGGUACCUGAUGGCGCAACUAGUUGUGAAGUCACUAUCAAGGCACAUGCUAACACCGAAACUGCUCCUGCUCGUUUUAUGCUUCACCUCUUGCAACUUGUACCUAAACAAAAUCAAAAGAAGAAGCAUGCCUAUAGUUUCUUAUUGGGUAAUGACUCCUAUGGUGAUCCUGAAUCUGAGAAACAGAUAAUUAAAAAACAUGUCUCUGUACGUGGUGGAUUAAAUCUUGAGGUAUGUCUUGCCCAAUUUUGGUCUGGUCUUGGUAACCAUGCGAUUGACCUUAGUCUUAACUUUCAUGGUGUACAAGUUGCUGGUAACCUUGCUAAUGGACAUGGCGUUCUUCAUUUAGAACCUCAAGUGACUCGUUUAGAUAUAACCAGUCCAUUCCGUCGAGAAGAUGCAUUGAAUGUCAGUGUUACUUUUGACAAAUUACGUAAAUAUAUUCGCCCUUCAGAUGCAUCCAUUACGCCUAUGCAUCCUGACCGUGACCUAUUACCUAGCACACGCUUAUUAUAUCAGCUUGUUCUAACUUAUAACUUUAAGCUUGAAGUUUCUACAACCAUCACGCCUCGUUUCCCUACUGUUAUGAACCAACUCUAUGAGCAUUUCUUGGCCGGUGUCUUUGGUAUUAUUUAUGAUGUUAAUAAGAAAGUUGUUGGCUACCUUGAUGUGUUUGACCAUAACAUUAAGCUUGGACAAAAGGGUGAUUAUACAAUCAUGCUUCAAUUGUCUGUUGAAGAUGAAGAUGUUUUAGAGAAAUUAAAGGAUACUAUUUUGGAACUGGAUAUGGAUUUGAAGAGUACUUCUUUCAAUACCUUCCAAACCCUCGGGGAUGUAUACACAAAGAAGAGUUCAAAUUACACUAAAAUCGCAUUGGAACGUAAGGAUGCUAAGGUAUUCUAUAUUGCUGCUCCCACAGGUAAAGAUGCUAUUCCUAAGGAGGCCAAAGCAGGAGAUGCAUUAGUAGGUACUUUAAGUUUCCUCGGUAAAGUCGAAGGAGGAGAAUAUCAAGUUCUUUACAAUGUUCCUCCUCUUGUUGUCGAAUCUUCUAAUAAUGGAAAAGAUGAGAAAAAAUUGACCGAUGAAGAAUUAGAGCAAAAGUUAAAGGUUGCUACUCGUGACUUACAAAUCUCAUAUCUCAAGAAGCUCUCUGCUGAUUCAGAUAUCUAUAAGGAACUCUUGAGCAAGUUGGAAACUGAAUAUGCUGAUGACAUUUCAUUUUUAGAAUUCAAGAUAAGCACCCUCUGGGCUAAGGGAGAGGUGAAUAGCUUGUUGAAUCCAGAUGAAAUUUCACUCGAUAAUGCGAAUGAAAUUAUCCAGUUGGCAGAUACAAUCCUUAACAAGCUUAAUGAAUGUGAAUUGUUAGAAUUCUUUGGUCGUAAAAAACCAGAGGAUGAAUCUGAUGAUGAGAAAGAAAAACGUAAAGAAAACACUGAUAAGAAGAAACAAAUUAUUAAUGCCCUCAAGAACAAAGCUAUGGCAUAUACUAUCAUUUUGAGUAAAGAGGAAAACAGUGACAUCGAAGCAUUAAAUACUACUAUUCGUUCUCUACAACAAUGGGAUGCUGAAGAUAGUUCUACUAAUCUUGCUUCUUUGCUUGUCAAGGUGGCAUGUGAUCGUCAAAAGGGACACAUUGGAACUGCUCUUAAAUCUGUACAGGAAUACCUCACAGAAGUAUCUUUUACAUCUGACAAAGUAAAUGAUAUAAAGAAAGCAUGGAAUACUCGUAACAAGUUGUUAAAGGAAUUAAACUGGCCUCUUUGGGCAAACUAUGAUGAUAAAUGGGAUCUUAUUAGACAACCACCUUAUGGUUAUGCUUUGUUCUAAGUUACUAUUUUUUUUUUUUUAAAAAAAAAGGCAUUACUCUCUUAAAAUAAACUAUAUGUGUAUAUAUAAACAUACAUGUAGUCAUAUUUUUAUAUAUUCAUAAUUACUAUUUAAAAUAAAAAUGUAUUUGUAACAAAAUAAAAAGGUUUAUCAUUUGGGCUACAUUUAAA